AGAACCAGAAGGCCUCCUCAGAAACUUAAAAGAGUUCUAGCAGGUUUGAUGGGAGAGGCCAACAUGAAAUAUGCUUCAGGAAUGUUCGAAGAGGCAGUUAAGAUAAGUAUGGAAGUGAUUUGCAAUGCUCCAAAUGCUCCAGAUCCGUACCACCUCUUGUCCAUGAUAUAUGAUGAUUUGGGCCAGUUAGAUAAAAGCUUGCAGCACAGUUUAGUAGCUGCACAGUUGUCAAAAGGUAAUGUUGAGGAAUGGCUUUCGGUUGCUGAUAAGGCCAUUGCCUUGAACAAUCUGAAACUAGCUGUCUUUUGUUACGAAAGAGCUUGCAAGUUUGAUUUGUCUAAUGAAAAGUUGUGGAAAGAUAAAUGUGAACUGAUGGAGAGGGCUUCGUGUGAGAAGAAAAAAAUAUUGGACUCCUACAAGCAUUUGAUAGGUUUGAUGAGGCCAAGUUCUAUUUUUAUAGAUCUUGUAAGGAGAACCUUUAAUGAAUAUCACACUUUAGGGGAGGAUAAAAAGGCAGCAGAAGUUAUGCGCAUUGCUCUCAACAACUACCCUUGGCUGGUCACUCCAUCUGAUAUAAAUUUAUUGAUUGAUGUUUAUUUCUUGGAUAAAAAUUAUGUAGAUUCAUUAAGCUUACUUGAAAAACAUUGUGGGGUGAAUAUAACGAGAUCAAACGAUUCUAUCAGCGAAGUCGUUACUAAUAAUCUUCCGGUUGAUCUACUCGCCAAACUUCUCAUCUGCCUGAUACACCUGAAGGAAUGUAAUGUUCUCGAACCUAACCUGACGAGUUUAUGUUCAGAAAAUUGUGAUGAGGUGGGUGACUUGUUCCUCGAUGUUUCGGAAGCGUUCAUUGCGGAGAAGGAUUACGCCCAUGCAGAAAGAUUAUUAAAGUUGUUGUUGAAUUCGCAGAACUAUAACCUGGCGGCAGUGUGGCUGAGGUUUGCAGAGUGUUUGAAGUUUCUGAAUAAAUCUGAUGAAGCUAUCUUAGCCUUUUCAAAAGUUGUCGAAAUGGCGUCAGAUCACAUCGAAGCAAGGAUGUGCCUGUCAAAUUUAUACCAGCAACUUGGUCGUUACGACGAAGCCAUUUACGUCCUUCAACCUAUUUCAAACUGUGGGGAUCUCUCUGAUUGCCACCUACAAUUGCUUCUUAAGAAAUGUAAUGUUCUUCAUCAGCAAAACAAGAUUCUUGACUUUGUGGAUUUUGCAUUUAAAGUGUUGAAGAUGUGCGCAGAACAAAUUUUUGUACAGAAGUGUCAUACAGAAGUUAGCAAUCGAGUUGUUUGCAUCAGACAGCUAGCCUACCACCACGCUCUUAAUUUAAUUGAUAAGAGUUGUGAACUGAAAGAGAUUGCAUCCUUGUCUCAGUUGAGUAACGAAAUUUGGGAUCUGUUCAUGAAACUCUGUGAGGAGCUAUGCAGAUUGAAACUUUAUGAAAAGUUGGAUAAGAUAUGCACGCUGAUGGUUAUCUGCCCAGUGUUCCUACACGAUACCGUCAGGUCUCAGGAGUUGGAGUUCAUGUGUCUCAUAUCUGGUCUGCUAAGCAGAAAUGCUUACUUUGCUUAUUCUAUAAUAAGACAUAAAUUAAUUAAAGUCUUGGACGACAAUAACGCUUGGAACAUUUUCGGUCAAGUCAUUGCGGUUUCUCAAGAUAUUAGACACAACAGAUUUUGCAUCAGAUUCGCCAUGAAACACCCGAAUAAUGUGGCUCUCUGCAUCUUAAAUGGUCACAACGCUUUAGCCGCUGGUUCUUACAAACACUCUCUGGGUGAAUACUUUGCUUGUCUGAAGUCAGAUCCCAAGAACCCUUUUUACUACAUGGUCAUCGGGAUUACGUACGUGCAUUUGGUGUCGCAGAAAUUUUCGUCACACAGACACAUGCUAACCGUGCAGGCAUGCGCGUUCCUAUUUAAUUAUUUGAAGUUGAGAGGGGAAUGUCAAGAAUCGUUUUAUAACAUCGGGAGGGCAAUGCAUCAAAUAGGCUUGCAGUUCUUGGCCGUCGGGUUCUACGAGAGAGCCUUGAAAUGCAGACCAGCUGUCGACAGUCCUGAUUUUGAUCUGACCCGCGAAAUCGCUUUCAAUUUGUACAUUAUCUACAUGUCUACCAAAUCUUAUCAAUUAGCUUCUUACAUUUUAGAAAAAUAUUUACAAAUA